AUGCGUGCCAUCGGCGAGUGGCGCUCCCUGGCCAGCGAGCACUGGUCCAAAGCCCUCCACCGACCAAGCCACCCUGGACUCUCUCCACCGCGCAGCACCGCCAGCAACUGCCUGACUGACCUUUUCGAUCUCGAUACCUCCAGACAUCCGUCCAUUGUUGAACCGGCAGUGCUCAAGAAAGAAAGAAAGAAAGAAAGAAAGAAAGAAAAAAGGCCCGUCAAGAUGCCCGUCUUUUCCCGUAUCGUCUCGCCCAUCUUCAGGAUCGGAGAGAUCCUCUUCGGCGCUGUCGUUGCAGGCAUUAUCGGCUCCUACCUGCGCUCCUUCAGCCGCAAUAACAACGGCGAUUUCCCUCAGAGCCGCUGGAUCUACACCGAGGUCAUUGCCGGCGUGUCCAUCCUGCUAGGCCUGCUCUGGCUCUUCCCGAGCUCCUUUUCCUUCAAGACAUGGCCCAUGGACGUUAUUCUCUCGCUGGCCUGGUUCGCCUCGUUUGCCGUGCAGGUUAACUCUCUCGGUACUCGAAACUGCGGUACUGCCUUCCAGUGGACCGGUUUCACCAACGGUGACCCCUGUGGCCGAUGGAGAGCCGCAGAGGCAUUCAGCUUCCUCUCUGCCUGCUUCUGGAUUGUCUCUGCCCUCAUUGUAUGCAUUCUCUCCCGCUCUCUCUCUCACCAAGGAACUUCUCGUUGCUAA